UAAUCCUAUAAUUACAUACUGUGUUAAAUUCAACAAACAUAAUAAUAAUAAACAAAGCAAAUUUAGUGCUAAGCAUUUAACCACCUGUGCCUGUGUGUGUGCCGUCUGUUUGUGCGCUAAUAAUAUCAACGCAGCUGCAACAGCAAAUACUACAUUAUGAAAUUGCGUGCAUUCUAAAUGCCACAGCCACAUGGGAACCAUGACAAAAGACUACGACUAUCUAUUGAAAGUGCUACUUGUGGGGGAUAGCGAUGUGGGAAAACACGAAAUACUCUCCAAUCUGGAGGAUCCAUCCACAGAGAGUCCAUUCUGUAGCGGCAAUGAGUGCACCUUCCACAUAUUGCAAACGGUAGCGUAUAAGACGACAACGAUAUUGCUUGAGGGGAAGCGCGUAAAAUUACAGCUCUGGGAUACAUCCGGCCAAGGACGGUUUUGUACAAUAAUCCGAUCAUAUUCUCGCGGUGCACAAGGUAUUAUAUUAGUCUAUGACAUAACAAACAAAUGGAGUUUCGAUGGCAUAGACCGUUGGCUAAAGGAAGUUGAGGAGCAUGCACCUGGCAUACCAAAAGUGUUAGUUGGGAAUCGUUUGCAUUUGGCCUUCAAGCGUCAGGUGGCCGCCAAACAGGCCGAAACAUAUGCCUCACGCAACAAUAUGUCCUGCUUCGAGAUAUCGCCACUUUGUGAUUUCAAUAUACGCGAAUCAUUCUGCGAACUGGCCCGCAUGGCGCUGCACCGCAAUGGCAUGGAGCACAUAUGGCGGAGCAAUAAGGUUCUCUCGCUGCAGGAGUUGUGCUGUCGCACCAUUGUGCGUCGCACCAGCGUGUAUGCCAUUGAUUCGCUGCCCCUGCCGCCAUCUGUAAAGUCAACACUGAAGUCGUAUGCGAUGACCACCUCACAAUGCUACAACUCGCUGACGCAGAACUCGAAGAGUCGGAAUCGCUGCAAGACGCCCACGAGCAGCAGUCGCAACAGUUGUGUGAUCGCGUGAUUGCUGGAUAGCUGUAGGUGGCGGUGGUGGUGCUGGUGCUGGUAUUGGUGGUGCCAAGCCACCUGCGCUGCCUACAUACGACCAAGUGAAGCAAUCAAAGCGCUGCAUCUGUAUGAGGCGGUGCCAUUGCUGGAGGAGGGGGCAACAACAACGUCCAAGCGCAGCAGAACUAAUGCACAGUUAAAUUUAAAAACUACUUUACUUACUUUAGCGUUAAGCACACACACAUACACACAAACACACACACGGUCACACACGAAUAUGUGCGGGAAUAUUUUUUUAUGUUU